AUGAACGAUUUAGGUUCUUUGGCCAGGCAAAUUGUACGUGGAUCACACUCAAGCGAGCUUCUGGCUCAGGCUGCUAAGAAUUUUGCAUUUCAAGAAAACACCAUCAACAAUUCCCUUGAUACAUUAAAGAAAAUGGACAUGAUAAAAUCUCAGCUAGAAUUCCAACUUGCUGCUGUGGAAAGGAGUACUAUAACAUUAGAUGACAUACAAGAUCACUCUUCUUUUUCUUGUAGUUUUCUCUCUCUCUCUCUUUUUCCUUUCAGUACUACAUGUUCAUUUACACUGCUUAGACAGUCUGUCCCUUUUCUUAAUGCAUCAUUUCAUUUUCUCCCCAAAUCUCCUGCUUCUCUUCUUUCUUUAUUAAGCUUCUCUUCUUUCUCAGAACAAAACUUCUUGUGGGUGGUCUCAAUACUCGUCCAGACCCGGUUGUUACGUGACUCGGGGGACUGGUUGGUCGAUGAGUCAUUUCUUCAGUUUCGUUCAUUGAGGGUUGGAUGCUUUCCGAGUUUUCUGCUUUUAUUUGCCUCUGUCUCUACCACGUGGAAACUCGUCCUUAUUAUAGGUGCCCAGUUUGUGACUUGCUCCUAG